AUGCCGCCGGCCGCCGCGCACCAGCCCUCGGCCCUAGCUCCUACCAAUUUGGUACCCCCUCCCAUCUCCGUCGUUCCAGCCGCCGCCCGCCCCAGUGCCGUCCUGGCCGCAGUGGCCCGUGCCGGUUCUCGCGGCGCCAUCCGCGCCCGCCCCAGCGCCGCAGUGGCCGCACUGACCCGCGCCAGCCCCAGCCGCGCCGCCGGCGCCGGUCCAGCUCCCACCGCCGCCGCCCAGCUCCGGACUGGGCCAGUCCACACCGGGAGACCUCCCGAUCCAGUAGGUCCGGUUUCCGCCGUCACUGUCCCAGAUCCCGGCCUGGGGCUAACCGGGACGUCGCCACCGCCAGUUUACACGGAGGCCGGGAACCCACCGGUACCCACGCUGCAGUCUGGGGCCUCGUCCGGCUCCGCGGGGGCCUAUGACGGUCUCCCCACCGUUGACCGGGCGCCGUCAUCAUCACUGCUCCGCACCGCCGAGCCGGUCGGCCAUGGCGCGCCGACCCAGACGCCGCCACGGUUCGCCAAGAUCAACUUCGCCACUUAUGACGGCACGGAGGACCCGCUUAACUAG